ACAACUCAGGUAUGCAUAUUAAUAUUUAAGUCACUCUGAAGCAUAAAGCAGCUGAUGAGCCUCGGGGUCUUGUUUAACCCCAAAGACCAAUGCGAAUUUGUUUUUUAUCGAUAAGAUCAUAAGACGUCAGAGAAUAUGUGGUAUGAGGAUCUCCUUAUAUCCUUAACAAUAAUUCAUGCAGUUAGCAAUAAGGUUUGUUGUAGAAUUCAUUCAUAUUUGUUCACAAAGAUAGCCUGAAGACUAGGUGCUUAUCAUGGAUGAAUACAGCAAUGGCUCCCAACCCAGCUACGACCGGGUAAAAGAGCUUAAAGCUUUCGAUGAUACAAAGACAGGGGUAAAAGGACUCGUAGAUUCAGGUGUUAAAACACUCCCUAAAAUAUUCAUUCGACCGUCUGAGGAGCUCUUAAAAGAACAGAAGACUCCCUGUGUCAAUCUCCAAGUUCCUGUCAUAGAUUUCGACGGAAUUGGUAAAAAAGAUCGACACCGGUACUCUGACAUCGUCAAAGAAGUUCUGGACGCAUCAGAGAAAUGGGGAUUCUUUCAAGUCGUAAAUCAUGGAAUCUCAUCGGAAUUGUUGGAUAACAUGAUCCGAAGCGUUCGGAUGUUUCAUGAACAGGACGCAGAGGUGAGGAAGAAGUUGUACACUCGUGAUAGAGCUAAACAAGUUCUGUAUCAAUCUAAUUUCGAUCUUUAUACUUCACGGUACGCUAAUUGGAGGGAUACUUUGACGGUUGACACGACGUGUUCCGGUCAUCUUGAUCCCAACGAGUUGCCGGAGAUAUGCAGGGAUGUGAUGGUAGAAUACUUCAACCAAGUACUAAAGCUAAGUGAUGUUUUACUAGAGUUACUAUCCAUGGCUCUUGGACUCGGGCCAGAUCGUCUGAAAGAAAUGGGAUGUAACAAGGGAUGGACCGCUGUAAACCUGUACUACCCAGCUUGCCCUGAUCCAAAAUUAACAUUAGGUUCAAGCAAACAUUCUGACUCAACAUUCUUCACUAUACUUCUGCAAGACCAAAUUGGUGGUCUCCAAGUUCUACAUGAAAAUCAAUGGGUCAAUGUUCGACCAAUUCCCGGCGCCCUUGUUGUCAAUAUUGGGGAUAUGCUUCAGAUAAUGUCUAAUGACAAGCUUAAGAGUGUUUAUCAUAGAGUGACUGCUAAUGAAGUUGGACCAAGAAUUUCAUCAGCAUUUUUUCUAAAAGGUAUUUUAUCAUCUCCAAAGCUAUAUGGACCGAUCAAAGAUUUGUUAUCGGAAGAAAAUCCGGCAAAGUAUAGGGAGUUCACCAUUAGUGAAUUUCAAGGGAACUUCUACUCCCGACCUCUUGAUGAGCCUGGAUUUCAAUACUUCAAGGUACAAAAUCAUGGAGAUCGAUAAGUAGAUAUAAAUUUUCGCGGUUAAUUUAAGGUGGUGAUUAGUGAAUUAAGGGUUAAAUAUAAUGAGGCCAUUAAGGGACUUUUGUGUCUUAUCUCCCUCCUCAAGAAGAUUCCCCUUUAUCUAAUCCACAGAAUUUGUAAUAAGUGGCUUAUUUUAACAACGAUUUUAGUCUCUUGUCAAAACAAAAAAAACAAAAAAAAGAUUUUAUUACAUAUUAUCUCUUAUGUUAUGAUAAAAAAAAAAAUUAAAAAAAAAAGACAAAGAAAAAUUAAUA